AUGCCUGAAAGGUCGUCUUCGGAUUCUUCGUCAUCUACAACACCCACGCCGUCUCGCGCUUCUUCCCCUCUACCAUUUUCUCUCCAUUCUGCAUCUUCAUCAGAAACCGAGUCCAACUCACCUCUACUCGGCCUCGCAAGAUACACUUCUACGGGAGAGAGCCGCUGGAUUUGGCGUAAUCUAGGUUCAAGUUCUCCAAGGAGGCGUAAACGAGAUGGAAGAAGGUGGAGAACCUUCAAGGGUAUUUUGAGACGUAUUGUUAGACACCCGCUAUUCCCUCGUCAACCGCUAACCAUUAUACUUGCGCUCCUAGUGUUCACCGUGUUCGCUAUUUCUCUCACAUUAAUUUUGCUCUAUGUCCUGAACCCUGACAAGGAAGCCCUACCUUGGAGGGCAUAUUGCACCAUCCCGCCAACAACUUCUGUUCCUCCGCAUUAUCGUGACACAUUGCCAUAUCCUUACAUCAACUCCCUUCCCAAAGUGAUGCCACCAUCGUUUCCACCGGAUGAUCUUGAUUCACUGCCCCCCGCAGGACUGUUCUUAGCCGUCUUCUCGAUGGAUUCGUCAUUAGAGCGUAGAAUGUUGAUUAGAACAACGUGGGCAGCACAUCCUCGUAGUCGUAAUGGCGCAGGAGAAGGAGAUGGCGGAAUGGGCACCUCGAGAACUGUGGUGCGUUUUGUUCUCGGACAGCCCCGCAAAGGAUGGGAAAGACGUAUUCAAUCAGAGAUGGAAAUGUACAACGAUAUGAUAAUCUUGCCCUGCUCAGAAAACAUGAAUUCCGGCAAAUCGCAUGCCUACUUCACGUGGGCAGCAUCGAAUGCUUGGGUCCCGCCAAUCUACUUCAAUACCACGCAUCCUGUACCGGAGUUCUCUUACUCGAAUCAAUAUACCCCUGCCCCCCGUCUUGCCCCCCACGAUCCCUACUUCGCUUGGAAAGACAGUGCCUCGGGUCAUCCAAGCCCUUGGGUGCGGCCCGAUUAUGUGGCUAAAGUCGAUGACGAUGCUUUCGUUAUGUUGGCCGAGCUCGAGGCACGUAUGAGGCUAGAGCUGUAUGCUACAGGGCAGAGGCCAUACGGCAUGCCCUACAUUUCACCAGUCUCGGCAUCCUUUAGAGUAGAGGCAUCAAAGAUGGAACCGCCGACCAGUGUUCCUGCCAAUACCUCUACAUCAUUAAUGGUUGAACAGGAGAUGCCGCGCGACGGAUCAGCGAAUGACCCAUUGGUUUACUGGGGCUAUCUUGUUAAAGAGAAGUUUAUGGCUGGUGAAUUGUAUGGCUUGAGCUGGAGUCUUGUCGAUUGGGUUUCCAAAGAUCCAAGCAUCAAAAGUCUUACUAGAGGAGCGGAGGACAAGCAGACGGCCAAAUGGAUGGGACUGCAUCCACGUGCAGCGGAGAUUCGUUGGUCAAGCGACCAUUGCUGGAUAUAUGAUCAUCCCCGGUCAGGGACUGUAUAUUCCCAUGGCUUCCUGUUUCCUUCUGAAGUCUCUCGCGUUAAGAAAUCUGUCUUAGCAUUUCUCGACAAAGUGUCCCGUAAUUCAUCGACCGGGACGACUGUCGUGACUUCUUCGACGCUUUUAUCUUUGUCACACUCAAGUGUUUCGGCAUUCGGCACCCGGUAUCAGCAGCCCUUACAAGAAAUGGACUUGGCUCAUAGUGUUGAGGCACUAGUCGAAGGCAGCAAUAUGUCCGAGCUGCAGGAAGGGAAGUCUAUGAGCCCGGAGAGAGCAUGGCGUACCCGUGAGGGACGUAUCACGCGAUACGAAAACAAGCGUGUUGGUGGAACUGUCGUAGUGCACUUCAUCAAAAAGCACAUGUGGUUCUUAGAGACUGCGCUCGCUUUCUUGGAAGGUGUCAAUUUUUCUGAAGCUGAACUCGAGAGUCUUGAUGCGGACGAGAGCAGGCUCAACAUGAGCUUGGCGUCAGUAUGGACGGACAGUUCGGUUUUCAAGCCUAUAAAUGCAAGUGCUGCGUUGUGA